AGGGAGACAGCCUGACAGUGUUGGUCUUGAGAGAGCCUCCACCCAGGCCCAGAUACAGCACGGGAGGGGGAGGGUCUCGCCCACAGGCCAAGGUCUCUCCCUCCUCUCAGGCCCCCACUUCCCCACUGGAGGCCUGUGUCUUCCUCAGCUCUUCUUCCCAGACAGGCUGGGGUGGCAGCACUGAAUCCCACCCAGCUCUGUCUCCCCCUCCCAAGGGGCUUCCCUGCUCUCACCCCAGCUCAAGAAGAGUGCCAUGGCCUGGGAGGCCACACAGCUGCUGCCACUUGUCCUGCUGGUGCUCCUGGCCUCAGGCUCCUCGGAACAGCAGCCAGAAUUGCUGCAGAAACUGGAGGGUGAGACCAUCUCUGUGAGAUGCUUGUACCCAGCCCAGAAACGUUUGAAGACAAAAGUCUGGUGCAGAAGAAUAUCAGAGUCUAUUUGUACCAUACUAGUUGCCCACCCUAGUCUCAGGACAGUGUCUUGGAAGCCUCAAUAUUUCAUCCAGGAUAACCCCAGAUCGGACAACUUCGUGGUCACCAUGACUAAGCUCGGGAUGAAGGACUCGGGGUUCUAUGCGUGUGGAACCUAUGAAUCUUCCUGGAUCAUUUUUCUGAGAACCAUCCAUCUGGUGGUGUCUCAGGCUUCGACCCCAUCCACCACCAGCAGCACCACGAGGACCACAGCCUGGACUUCUGCCACCAGCCCUGCCAGUAACAGCCCCCCAGGCCACUGGGGUGUCAUCUUCAGUGCGACAGUGGCCCUCCUGCUGCUGCUGGUGCUCAUCCUCCUCAUGAUCCUGUUCCUCUGCAAAGCCCUGGGAAGAGCCAGGACAGGUAAGGACAAAUCCCACCACACCUAUGACACUCCCGUGUAUGAGAAUGAGACGGUUUAUAGGAAAGGUGCCUCCCCAAGACAGAGGGAAUCUCAGCUUUCCUGGGGCUCCGACCAGCAUAUGGGCUCUGGCGAGGACCCUGGGGACAUCCACUAUGCCUCACUUUCCCACCUGAACUACUUCAGCCCCGAGGACUCCAUCUAUGUCAACACCCACCCCAGGCCGAAGCCCACACCUGACCCAUUUCUGGCUGUGGAAUAUUCCAGCAUUGCUAAAAACAGACCCCAGCACUCCAAGUCAGCUGCCCUGGAGGAGGAGCCCAGGAUCUGAAAGCAGAAGUCACUUCACAGCGAGCACCCGUGUGAGGCACAGGGCUGUUCCCCCAGUGAUGGGGUGACUUCUUGUGGCUGAGACGGUCCCACACCAGCAAGGGUCAUUCUUUCCUGUGAAGGAGAUGAGGAAGGGGGAGCAAAAGAAGGAGAAUCCCUACCAACCCAGAGGGGAGAAGCUUUAAGUCUAAGGGUUGCGAUGGGCAAGCUGUGGGGACCAUGAGGGGGUUUCUGGAGACAUGCCUGCUCCCCUCCACAGGGUCUGUGAGGAGAGUCAUUAGUCCAUUUGAACAGGCUCUGGGACCCAGUACCUCUGACUAACCCAAUCUUUGCCCCCCUCUCUGACUCUCACUUCCUUCCUGACCAGGGGCUAUGAAAUCCUUCUGAUGGAUUAUGCAAGUUCCUCUGUGGGUGACUAACCCGGUGAGUCCCCUUCCUUCACUGUCCUCUCAGAGCCUCAAAGCCAGGCUGGGAAGUUCUGUCUCUGCUACCCCAGGCUCUCUUCUUCUUGGCCUGAUUCUAAUCCAUCCUCAUGAAUGACCCUGCCAGGACGUUGGCAGUGCCUGCUGUUCAGGGGUCCCUCUAAUCCUUGUCCUUGCCAGGCAGGGUGGGAUGAGGGGGCGGGCUUGUUCCUACUGUAGCCCACAGAGCUCCCGCAGAACAGGCUUGGGCUCCUCCGCCUUCCACAGAAACCACCAUCUCUCUGCCAAUUGUGUUUCAGUCAAACAGCUGUUGAGAGAGGCUUCCUGCCUUCUUGAAGUACACGUUCACAGGGCCUUUCUGGAGCCAGGGCCCCCAAAGGGUGACUCUGAACCCUAGGAACUACAGGCCACCUGGGCAGAAGGGUUGUGUCCUGGCACAUUAUGGGGAAGAUGGCUUGGAGUUACAGAUCCAUCACUUCUCGAAGGUGACAUUAAAGGUCAUAGAAUCCAACUGCCAAUGGAAUGCCAGAACCCCUCUCUGAAACUCCAAUGCGUCCUGUGCUCUCUGCUGCCAUCUCUCUGAGGACUGGGAACUCACCGCCUUCUGCUCGGGUGGCUUGUUUGUGACUGUUUCCGUUAGGGAGUACCUUGCUUGCCUUCAGUGCUGAUGGGAUCUCUGCUCACAGGAUGGAACCUGAGGCUCAGGCUGUGCCAUGGCCAGAGGGGACAGAAGGGCGGGAGAGAAGGGGCCUGCAGUUUGAGGCCUGCAGGCUGGUGUGGGAGGAUGAGGUCUUCUUCCU